AUGGAUCCAGAGACUCCCUUCAUAGCACAACACUUGCGUUCCAUAGUCAUCCAUUCACUUGACACAUACAACUUCCGCAAUGCUGAGUUUGCUUGUGAGCGACUCCUUUCACUCACUCCAGACGAUCCAGAUGCUAUAUAUCUUCAUGCGUCCACUCUUUACCGCCAGGGCCAGUAUAAAGCGGCUUAUAACCGAACAAGCGAUGUGCUUGCUACAUAUGGUGCCCAUCUUGGCUGUGGCUACAUUUUUGCUCGUCUGUGUUACCAGUUACAGAAGUAUACAGAAGGUAUUUAUCGUCUAGUGAGUAUGACGCAUUUGUACAACGAGUCAAGAGAGAACGCUGCAGAAACAAGUUUUCGAGAGCAGGAUAUAGAGUCAUCUCCUUCAGAAAUGUUUUCAACGGCUUUUCAGAAGCACUCUUAUGAGACUAACAGACUGAUCUAUCCUGAUUCCUCUGCUGUGUAUCAUUUGUUGGGCCAGAUGUACAAGGCCGAGGGCGAUGUGGCAGCCAGCGCGUUGAACUUCCAGGAAGCACUCAAAUUUAACGUUUUUGACUUUGAAGCAUUCCAGGAGUUGGCCAAAUUGGGCGUGGAUGUUAGUGUCAGCAAACUAUACAACCAGAAGAAACCUGGACCGUCUGCCGCUGUCAGCUUAUCAGGUGGACUCGAGGCUCUAUCUGGUGCUCGCUCAGCACCGUCUGUGAGCUUUGGGAAUGUUGCAGAGUAUGGUGGCGAUGUUGGGGUACCAAAUCCGUUCUCUACUACUCCUCGUCAGGCAGGAGCCCCAGAAGUAUUCACGCCACGAAUUGCAGCUCCAGCAGUUCCAGAUGCACCUCUUCGUAGAGCUCACGAUGAAUUUCUGAAGCCAACUAAGUUUGGCGAUGCCAAGUCGUCUGUGUCUACUUCUAGACCAUUAUCUUAUAUGAAAAAGCGAUCGGAUAUGCAAGAGGCACGUACCAGUUUAAAAAGAGGCAGUCUGGCCACGUUUAUAUCAACUGUUAAUGAGCGUCUUGUUGUGACAAAGGAUGUGGAAGCGGCAGAGCUCUAUUUGCGUCGGCUUUAUACGAUCUUUGCUAAGCUGUACAAGAGCAUGUGCAAGUACGAUUGCUACAAAGCAAUUCGAAUGUUAGAGUCACUUCCAGAUCCAGAGAAGGACACCCCUUGGGUACUCUCCAAGCUUGGCAGGCUACAUUAUGAGAUUGUGAAUUACAAGCAAUCGAAGAAGUUCUUCGUAAGACUAAGACAGCUAGACAGAACACGUCUCGAGGAUAUGGAGUACUACUCCACACUCUUGUGGCACUUGCACAAGAACGUUGAGCUAACUUUUUUGGCCAAUGAACUCCAUGAUAUUGACGCAAAUCUGGCCAUUACGUGGUGUGUGAUGGGAAAUCUCUUUUCGUUAACUAGAGAGCCAGACGAAGCCAUCAGAUGCUUUAACAAAUCAAUCGCAAUUGAUUCAAAAUUCACCUACGCUCACACUUUGAAGGGCCACGAGUAUUUUGGAACCGAUAACUACGAGCGAGCACUUGAUUGUUUCCGCGUUAGUCUUAUGCUUGAUCCACGUCAUUAUAAUGCAUAUUACGGUAUUGGCAUGGUUUACAUCAACUUGGGCGAUUUCCAAAAGGCAGAUUAUCAUUUCCGCAAGGCUGUAUCCAUCAACCCUAUCAACAUUAUCUUGAUAUGUUGCGUGGGUAUGGUGCUUGAGAAGUUGGGCAAAAAGACUCUAGCACUUCGCCAAUAUGAGCUAGCAAAUAAAUUGCAGCCAUUGAGUGCAUUGCCAAUUUUCAAAAAAGCUCAACUCUUGUUCUCCAUGCAGCAGUUUCCUCAGGCACUUAAAGAGUUUGAGCUGGUAAAGGAACUUGCACCCAACGAAGCAUCGGUCCAUUUCCUUUUGGGACAACUCUACAAUAUUAAAAACGACAAAUUUCUGGCAAUUCGUGAAUUCACCAUUGCACUCAACCUUGAUCCUAAAGGCAAUUAUCUCAUUCGGGAAGCCAUGGAAAUGCUCAAAGAGCACGUCUAA